GCUGCGCGCGCGCGCGCGCGGGGGGGGGGGGGGGGGGAUAUUUUCUCUCUCUCGCUUCCGCUGUGGUGGAAACCCUGGCGGAUGGAUCUUCGGGCGUGAGCGGGGGAGGAGGAGGAGGGGCAUUGAUACAGAUCGGGCGAAUGGCGGAGGCGUCCGGCGACGGGGGAGCGACCCCGGAGCUGCUGCUGCUCCCCACCACCACCACCACCACCAGCUGCGGCAGCAGCAACGGCGGCAGGUCGGAGGCGGCGGCGGCCGCCCUCACCGCGUCGGCGUCCUUCAAGGAGGGCGGCGGACGGAGCGGCUCCCGCAGGCGGACCUCGGUCCGGCCCAGCUUCGACGCCGACAACGAGUUCAUCACCCUGCUCCACGGCUCAGAUCCCGUCAAGGUCGAGCUCAAUCGGCUCGAGAACGAAGUCAGAGAUAAGGACAGAGAGCUCGGGGAGGCGCAAGCGGAGAUCAGGGCGCUGAGGUUGUCCGAGCGGCUCAGAGAGAAGGCUGUUGAGGAGCUCACUGAGGAACUGUCUAAGGUGGAAGAGAAGCUCAAGUUGACUGAGAAGCUUCUUGAAAAUAAAAAUCUGGAAAUUAAGAAAAUCAAUGAAGAGAAGAAGGCAUCCAUGGCAGCUCAAUUUGCAGCUGAAGCCACUCUUCGAAGGGUUCACGCUGCUCAGAAAGAUGACGACAUGCCUCCCAUUGAGGCCAUUCUCGCUCCUUUGGAGGCUGAGCUUAAGCUUGCAAAGCAGGAGAUUGCAAAGCUUCAAGAUGAUAACAAAGCUCUAGACCGUCUUACUAAAUCCAAAGAAGCAGCUUUACUGGAAGCUGAGAGGACUGUUCAGGUUGCCUUAGCUAAGGCCUCUAUGGUGGAUGAUCUCCAAAAUAAGAAUCAAGAAUUGAUGAAACAAAUCGAAAUUUGCCAGGAAGAAAAUAAAAUUUUGGACAGACUGCACAGGCAAAAGGUUGCCGAGGUUGAAAAGCUUACACAGACUGUAAGGGAGCUGGAAGAGGCUGUUCUGGCUGGUGGUGCAGCUGCAAAUGCUGUGAGGGAUUAUCAGCGCAAAGUGCAAGAAAUGAAUGAAGAGAGGAGAACCCUUGACAGGGAGUUGGCCCGAGCAAAGGUCACCGCAAACAGAGUGGCCACUGUGGUAGCAAACGAGUGGAAAGAUGCCAAUGACAAAGUAAUGCCUGUUAAGCAAUGGCUUGAAGAACGAAGAUUCUUGCAGGGAGAAAUGCAGCAACUGCGCGAUAAACUUGCUAUAGCUGAGAGAGCAGCGAGAUCCGAGGCUCUUUUAAAGGAGAGAUAUCAGUCGAGGCUCAAAGUUAUAGAGGAGAGUGUGAGGGGAUCUUCAGGCAGCAAUAAUCGUAGUGCAUUAGAGGGGAGGAGCAUCAGCAAUGGGCCCUCCCGGCGCCAGUCUCUUGGUGGGGCUGAUAAUGUGUCUAGGCUUACUGCAAGUGGACUCUUAUCCAGGAAAACAGCUUCACAAUCAAAAUCUUUCUCUUCUGGUGCUACUACGGUAUUGAAACAUGCCAAAGGAACAUCAAGGUCAUUUGAUGGCGGCACAAGAUCUUUAGACAGGGGUAAAUUACUUUCCAAUGGAACCGGUACAAAUUACUCUCCAAACCAGUCAUGUGACGCAUCCAAGGAGAGAGAAGAAAAUGACUUCUCAAAGGGAAACUCUGAUGAUAAAUCAAAUGAAUUCGCUCCUGCUGAGACUCAAGACACUGUUCCUGGGGUUUUAUAUGACAUUUUACAAAAAGAAGUUGUAGCUUUAAGGAAAGCUGGUCACGAGAAAGAUCAAAGCCUCAAAGACAAGGAUGAUGCAAUAGAGAUGCUUGCCAAAAAAGUAGAAACUCUAACCAAGGCCAUGGAGGUUGAAGCAAAGAAGAUGAGAAGGGAAGUAGCUGCGAUGGAGAAGGAGGUUGCUGCUAUGCGGGUGGACAAGGAACAUGAAAGUAGAUCAAAAAGGUUUAGCAAUCAGAAGAAUCCAAUCGGCAGUUCUCAGCUGCUAACGGGAAGGAAUGUGGCUCGAACUGGGUUAACACGCAGCACCCAAUAACCAGAAGCCCUAAUGCAAGAGCUGUAAGGAACAUGUUGGCAUAAGCUAUGUUUGUGAGUUCCUUGAUUUUUUUUUAUUAUUCGUCGACCCCUUUAGAGGUUGAUUAUAAGAUUGUAAGUUUGUAACUGCCAUGCCGGUGCCAUUGUCCCUAUAGAAUUUGGUAAAGUGUAGGAGAGUCAUAAAGAGAUCAAAACAGUGAAUCAUAUUUGUGUGCUUCUAACCUAGAAUGUUAUUCAUCUGCUUAGAGAAUCAGACAGAAGGACAAAGGCAUUGAUGCUGGGCUAACCUUUUAUCAGGUUUUGAGUGGCAGUGGUUGUGUUGUUUUAUGGGUAGCUUUCUGGCCUUCAUUUUAUAUCAGUUGACAUAUUUUUUAUCUUUUUAUCUGGGGGCAGUUUGUAUAUGUGAUCAAUCAGCGAGUACUGCGAUUGUUGUUCACGUUUGUUAAUAUUCUUGUAAUCAGAUGUUUAACAGUCAAGUUGUUUCUUUUUCUAUCUACA